UUUGGGGGGGGGGCAUUUUCUAGCAAAGAGGGUGGUCCCCUGGGUGGCUUGUGGGGGUGCCUGUUGCUGCUUCAGGCUGGGGAGGGACUUGUUGUGGGGGACAGGCAGGAAUGUCACUGUUAAAUGAUGCCCUUAGCAGCCAGUGGGCCUGGGAUGCCAGGCACCUCAGGUAACUGUCCAGCAUGAUGAACUGAAGUGCAGUGGUCCUGGCCUGCUAGCUGGCUGUGAUGGCCCUGAGGGGAGUGUGGCUAAUCAGCUACGAACAAGGGGCCUGUGGAGCCGUGCUGUUCUCCAGGCAUUACCCCACUGUUGAAAAACGAGCAAAAGCCUUCAAUGGAGCAAGCUAUGUGACCGUACCAGAGGACAGUGUUUUUCUUAAAGCAUUGCUUUUUGAACUGAAGCUGACAGAUCCAGACAAGAACUUUGUGGAAUAUCGAGAUAGCUGUUCUCGAAUCAACAAGACUUCAGUGUAUGCGCUUCCAACAGGAGGAGGGGACCUCUGGCCUGUCCUUGCCUUUCAGAAGAGUGGUUUGAUAUAUGUUUGUCUUCCCCUAGUUGAGCAAUCCUUGAAGCCACGCCCACCCCUUAUUAGCAUUAGUGGAAUCUCACAAGCCUUCGCUCUCUUGUCAGGAUUGCUGGCCUUUAUUAACUCCAGUCAGAAGAAUGAAGCUGAGAUGAGUGCAAAAGUGGGCCAACUUCCAAGUUUGCUCAUGCAGGCCUGUCCACUUGGCACCCCAUUAGAUACAGACUUGAAUGGCUUAUUAGAUAACAGUCAUGUUUCUACAAACCACAUGCAGAAACAACCAGUUUGGAGAAUUAGCACAUACAAAGGCAAACCUCAGGUUAAUGUUUGCAUCACUGAAAAAGUCAAGUCCAUGCAAUAUGACAAAAGGGAUGUUGCAGAUAUGUGGCAGGUUUAUGGAACUGUAACUUGUAAGUGUGAUUUGGAAGGAGCUACAUCAAAUGUGACUGUCAGCUUGAACCUCCCUGCCAAUGGCUCUCCACUCCAGGAUAUCCUGGUGCAUCCCUGUGUGACUUCUCUUGACUCUGCAAUUCUUACUUCCUGUAGCGUUGAUGUCAUGGAUGAUUCUGCAUUUAGUGGGCCAUACAAACUUCCUUUCACUCCUCCUUCUGACUUAUUCAAUUUGUGCUACUAUACAUCCCAGGUGCCUGUACCACCAAUUUUGGGAUUUUACCAGCUGAAGGAAGAAGAAUUGCAAUUAAAAUUAACAGUUAAUUUAAAACUUCAUGAAAGUGUAAAAAAUGCUUUUGAGUACUGUGAAGCUCGUAUACCUUUCUUUAACAGGGGUCCAGUCGCUCAUUUGGAGUACAAAGUUAGUUAUGGCCAGCUAGAUGUAUCUCGAGAGAAAAGCUUAUUGGUUUGGGUCAUAGGACAAAAGUUUCCCAAAUCGUUAGAAAUUUCUCUUACUGGAACUGUGACUUUUGGUUCUAUGAGCAAAGAGCAACCAGUUGAUCCAAUUUGCAGUGGGAGCACUGCGUAUGUAAAACUUUAUUUUAGGAUCCCAGACUACACGCUUACUGGAUGUUAUGCAGACCAGCAUUCUGUUCAGGUCUUUUCAUCAGGAAAACCAAAAAUAAGUACAUCCCGGGAAUUGAUUUCCUCAGAUUAUUACAUCUGGAAUUCCAAAGCCCCAGCACCUGUAGUGUACAGAACAUUAUUUUUCUAAUUUCCCUGUGAAGAAUUUUUGUAUUUGAACAAAAAAGACUGCUAUCAAGCGUGAUGUUAAUAUAUUGUAAAGUGGGGGGAGAGCAGUAUUUUUAAUGAAUAUGUUUGUAUUUAAGUUUCUGUUUGGGGGGAAAACAUAUCAGUUUAUUUCAAUUAAAUUAAAAUUUAUCUUGUUUGCUUUAAAAUUUUUAGUCCUAGAUAUUAUUUGAAAGAAUACACUUUAAAAUCUGAUUCCACCCCUCCAUUGCUACCCCACACAUCUCUUCCUGCUAUUAUUAACUUUUACAAAAUAAAGAUCCAAUGCUGCAAGCUGGUAUGGAUGAGCCCUGUUCAUAUGCAGAAUGCCACUGACUUCAGUGUGUUUCUGCAUAGGCACCAGUGUCCAUUAACACACACAAACUUACAGGCCCACAUGAAGUGCCUGAUCUUACUCCUAUAAUGAAGUCAGUUGGAGUCAGAUUGGCCCCUAAAUUAAUAGGGCAGUCCAAUAGCAAAGAAUCCUUUUUAUCUUUGUCUUCAUACAGCUGCUCUUCCCAAUGGUUUUGUGUGUGGUUCUGUAUGAAGUACAUAUGAACACUUUAGCUCAUUUAUAUUUUAGUAAUGGCAAAUGAAUUGUAUCGUGCUUUUAAAGUUGUGAACAAUAACCACAUAAUUACAUUGAUAGCAAUAAUCUGGCAAUCUACCUUUAGAUAGCAUUGUUAUAGGAGACAGUAGCAAAGAUGAUACAGAGAUGCAAAUACAGUUUAAAAAAUAAAUGACAGAAUAUUAACCAAAAAUAGCUAACAAAAUUAUCCAAGUUUGUUAACAUGCUGAGAAGCAUCACUAACCCAUUUUCGUUGGAAAACUGGGCUUAAAGGAAACGGAGCGUGAGUUUACAGAGGCAAACCACCAAUUUUGAGAAGAAAAUUGGUAUCUGCAGGAACACAGGAAAUAAACUUUGAGAGAGAUAUCAGGAAAUGAGCAAAUUGUGAAAGGCUGGUGGGAAAAAAAUGGGAACCUGGAGAGCAACACAAAAGAAGAGAAGAAUGCUGCCUCUAAUAACUGAGCACUGUGGCUGCUGCUACAGCACCUCUUGUUUGACUGUACGCUGUGUGAUAAAUAAGAUUAGUGAUUAUAUAAGGGGGAAAGUUUUAAGCUAUAAUUUAAAUAUGCUUAGAUUGAGAUAGUAAUCUAAUUGGUUGGUUAAACGUUCUAAAGAGUAGAUUAAUUUAUGUGAACCGUGCAGCUCAGCUGAAACUGCUAUGCAAACUUCUAAGGGACACCUACAGUAUGGUGGAAUUAAAAUGACCCAUUUUACAAA